AUGUCGUUCAUCGGCAGGUCAUUGAAGAAUGGAUUCUCCGUUCCCCUCAUCGAACGAAAGUCAAUAUGUCUCCCCAGCGUCGAACCUGGUGUGGCAACUCAGUUUGGGGAGAAUGGCUUUGUACAGAACCUCACCAACCACUUCCUGUCCGCCGAAAACAACGCUUUGGAGAAAGUCGUGCAAUUGAAAAAGGAGCUCAACAUCGCCGAUACCGAGUCGUUUUGGUCGAGGUUGAUGGAGGGAGUCACCGACAUUUGUCAUGCGCAAUACGGUUUCGUCGCAAAAAGAGUCUUGACGGAUGAUCAUAGCUCGGCCAUUGAGAUGCCAACCAUCGGAGAUCCCGGUUCAUGUCUCCUAGGAGUCGCAUUUUACUACAACGAUGGCGACAAACAAAAGGCCAUGCACCGCGAUUACAAAUAUCUUGCCUGGGGUGCUCCCUGCAGCUACAUGAGGCACGACAAGGUCUUUUUGAUCCCGGAAAACAUGAGCAGCUUUAUAACCCAUAACCCCAAUGCUUUACCAUUUCCUGCCGAGGGCUAUCUCGGUGUUCCCUUGUUCCAAGACGGGAAAUGCUUCGCUCACUUCGGCCUGAUGUGGACACAGGAGGGCCUGGACAACCGGGAUGCCUCGUGGGGCUUCAUAGAGAUGCUCCUUCACACACUGGAAGACAUGAUCAUCGUCAGACUGGUCAAAGGCCAGGGCUUCUCCAAACCCAAGGCCAUCAGCAUGCCCCGACCACAUCACGUCAUCCCACGAGAAGCUGUCAGCGCAACCCAAUCCCUGAAACCCUACGCAAAAAGCCUAUCACAUGAGUUGAGGACUCCCAUGCAGGGCGUGGUCGGGAUGCUGGAUGUUAUGCACGCCACUGUUCAAGAACAGAUCGAAGGCCAUUCCAACUCCCCCGUUCGCCACGUAUUUCAAACCCUGAAGGAUAACAUUGAGACUGUACAGGACAGUUCCAAACGAGCUGUCGAGGCAGCAGACAAUGUGGUCCACGCCUAUGACAUGAACAUGCAAAUUCCAGAAACUCCUCUGAACGAACACGAAUCACCCGCCACUGCAGCAACCACAACGAGCUACUUCGACUACAAGCCAUCUCGACUGAUUGAGGGCAGUGACAUCCAUGUACACAGCUAUAAGCGACGUCGAAGCAGCCCUACUUCGUGGCAUUUUGGGAACCCCACCAAGAUUCGCCAACUUACAUCUUCAACCCGUUGCGAUGUGUCCCCACGGAGCGGGCGGGAGAGCACUACCCCAUCAUGGACCUCCCGAACCCUUUCAGAUGAUCGGGUACCCGUCAUCUUCACGCCGACUACUGACGAAACCCCCAGCGAUCUCACCACUGCCACUCCCUCUACCAAAUUCCUGGGGGAUGGAGACACCUUCCCUACCCCCGGUCUGAAACAAUGCCACAUACGAGAACUUAUUCCUACGGUUGUUCAUGAUGCUCUACGCGUCGGGGGUCGUCCAGAUUCAGCCAUUGGCCAACUCUUGGACCUUGGCGAACGCAUCAUUGUGAGAUCCAGAUCAUCAAACGGCCACACCUCACAGAAAACGAUCGAAUGGACCGUCUCCCCAGAUGUACCAGAGACACUACUGGUGGAUGAACGAGAUCUGGCGAAACUCGUCUCAGCUGUCUUUCUCAACGCUAUCAAAUUCACUGAAAACGGCCAUGUUUCCUUGACAGGGAGAUUGUCCAAGAGCAGGCGCUUCGUCAUCGUCAACGUCAAAGAUACGGGCGACGGGAUCCCUGUCGAUUUCCAGCCAGAACUAUUCAAACCCUUCUCUCGAGAGGACGAUUCAUUGACCAGGUCGAAAGAAGGUCUCGGCCUCGGCCUCCUUGUUGCAAAAGGGUUGGCUAGACGUGUCGGCGGAGACAUCACAUUGAUCAGAUCACAGGUUUCUGGUCCUGACAAAGGCUCCGAGUUUGAGAUCAGGGUCCCGGUAGAGCCUUCAGACAGUCUUAGUAGGACAGGGACUCCUCGGAAUAGGACUCCAGAUCCUUCCAAAAGCAUACCACGGCCCCCAACGGCUGUAAGAUCAUCUAGUCCGACUUCGCCCACCUCCGCUCCUCACAUUCCAGGAGAUCAACCACGGCGAAGCUCCAUCUUACCGAACACACAAACAACUGCAAGCCUUGUCAAGGAUCAUCCACAGCCUGUUGAGCCUAGAAGAGUGGCGUCCGCCCCUACUAUGCACUUCAGGCAAGAGUCGUAUGACAGAAAUCUAGCACAAAAGUACCCCCUCACCUUCUUAGUCGCAGAAGACAACAAGAUCAACAGGAAGUUGCUUGUCAAUAUGCUGAAUAAGCUGGGAUAUAAAGAUGUCCACGAGGCGUUUGAUGGCAAAGAAGCGGUCCGAAUCAUGCGCGACUUGUAUGGCCGGGCGAGGCGAGGCAGUGGAUCUGGCGACCGACGUCGCCUAAAAGUCGAUGUCAUCCUAAUGGAUCUUUGGAUGCCGGAAAUGGACGGCUACCAAGCCACCGAGAAAAUCUUGAACAUGUUUCAGAACCAUACACUUGAAGAUCGGGACGAACCGGUCCACCCCAGCCUCGUUGCACCAGUGGUGCUCGCAGUCAGCGCAGACGUGACAGAUGAAGCGAUCGAUCGGGCAACCAAGACAGGGAUGGAAGGUUUCAUGACCAAACCGUAUAAACUGAUGGACCUCCAAAAGUUGAUUGUUGAGUUUUGCAUCAAAGGCGACGGUAUCACAGGACCAGACGCGAGGUCCUGGCAUGCCACAGAGGAGUGCCAAUAA